GUGAGAGGUCGGGGGUGGGAGAGCGGCGCCCCCGGAACGGGAAGCGGGAGGGGAGUUGCUUCCCAUCCCAUCCCCUGCUGUUGUCCCGCGGAGCGCACGAGGGGUUCCUGCGUGGGCCUGCGCUUCUCCCGACAUGAGCCUGCCCCUGAACCCCAAGCCGUUCCUGAACGGGCUGACGGGGAAGCCGGUGAUGGUGAAGCUGAAGUGGGGAAUGGAGUACAAGGGCUACCUCGUCUCCGUGGACGGCUACAUGAACAUGCAGCUCGCAAACACAGAGGAAUACAUAGACGGUGCGUUGUCUGGACACCUGGGUGAAGUUUUGAUAAGGUGCAAUAAUGUUUUGUACAUCAGAGGUGUGGAAGAAGAGGAAGAAGAUGGAGAAAUGAGAGAAUAGAUGUUUUGUAUUUCUGGAAAUAAACUUUUUUUUUCUUUCUGUUUUUAAUACUUUUGUAAUAAGGUGUUUACAUUUUUCCUAUUGUGUUUUAAUAUGGGGAAGUUAACCCUUUAAAAGGUCUUUAGUCUUAUAUUGGUGUCUGAAAAGCUAAUGCUGGAGGAGCAACAGGUAAUUAUUUCAUUUUAAAGCUGAAAAUAUUAAAAUGAAAAGCGAGUAUUU